GGCCUAGGCACAGGAGGCGCUGUCGAGGCCCCCAGGCCAGCGGCCGCCUUCCCCUCCAGCCUCGCUCGCCGUCUUCCCGCCGUUCCUCGGCGCUAUGCUGCGCCUACGAUCUUUGGCCGCCGUCGUCCUGCCGAGGCCCAUGUUCAGCUGGCCACAAGUGAGCUGCAUGGCUGUGCGGCUUAUUUCUGGUCCAUCCGCUGUCCCGAGUCCCACGCCGCCCAAGCGGCCUCUCACCUCCUUCUUCCGCUUCUUGGCCGAACAGCGGCCCCAAAAGACUCUGCAGUACCCUGAAAUGAAACAAACAGAAAUCAUCAAGAACAUAUCGGAGCAAUGGAGAAAAAUGUCAGACGUACACAAGGAGAGAUAUCAAGAGAGUGCAAAAGCUGACAUGCAGAAAUACCAAGAUGAGUACCAGCGAUUCCUCAGCAGGCUGUCGCCAGAGCAGAUCAAGGCCAGGAAGGAUGCGAACAAAAAGAAAAGGACCAGGCGCUUGGCUCGCAUGCGAAAGAAGGAGCUGACUGCCCUGGGUAAGCCCAAGAGGCCGAGUGUUCCAUUCAACAUCUUCAUGGCAGAUAACUUCAAGCGGAUGACGGGUUCCUCGCAACCGGAAAAGUUGAUCCGGCUGCGUGACGAAUGGUCGGGACUCGACGACAUGCAGAAGCAGAAAUAUCAGCAGCUGGCGGAAGACGACCGCGUGCGUUACACGCGAGAGAUGGCGGCGUGGCGUGAGCAGAUGCGCGAGGAAGGCCGAGGAGACCUGGUCGAUGUCAGGGCAGCCCGCAGAAAGCUGACCGCGACCAAGAGAGCGGCAACAAAGGGCAAGGCAAAGCCAAAGGCGAAAGCCAAACCUAAACCCGCAGCCAAGACUGAAGAUAAAUUGGCAACAUCCAGGGCAAUAAAGAAAAGCCUUCCGCUUAAGAAAAGCAGCAGCCAAACGGAGCGGGAGCUGUAGAGAAGCGAUGCGCGUGCGCGUGUUUGUCCGAGUGUGUUAUUUUCCCGAAAACCAUUGAGAACGCUAAGGGAAAAUAAAAUUUCAAAAAUGUAGGAGCUCCGUCCGCUUUGCUGGCUUGGUGAGUAUUGGCAGUUGAGCCAUGUAGCAAAUGUAGGCAAUUUGUGUCGUUUUAUAUCUCAUGAAGCUGUGAAUAUCCAUGCAUUAAAGUAUCAGGGCAGUGUUCCCAAACUUGCAAUCCUCGUAAACAACAACUUGUUACAUCUGCAUGUGUUUGAUGAUUGGUAAAUACGUCCCUUGUGACAUAGCACUGAUUCAAAUUUGGACAGGAGACCCAUACACAGAGACAAAAUCUCUUCAUUAAAAUCAUCUCUCUCACCCCCAUCUAGCCUUUCUCAGGCUGUUAUAGGAAAUGCUGUUAGCAAGCACCCGAUAAAGGUGCACACGGGGGUGGUGUGUCCAGCACCAUGCCCUGUUGCCUUUGUCACUCCAGCACAGGUCAACCUAGGGAAGGCCCAGGACCGGUUCAGAUAUUCGCCAUUUAUGUUGGGCAUGAGCAGCAGUCGAACUUGGUUCACCAGGUGCGGAGCGCAGUGCCAUAACCACUACUGUACCGCUCCUCUACGUGUUUCUCAUGGCAUACACGGGUCGCAGAAGAUUUCUGUUAAUUGGAAUUGUCUUCAGGGCACUUGUCUAAAAAUGAGGUACAGGCAGUGUGUGACAAUUCCGUAUGCAAUUGAACAAAGAAGAUUGGAAAAGAUGCAGUGCUAUGGGUCAAGAGAACUGGAAUUUGGGAAUCGUGUCAUGAAAACGAAAUUUAAAGCGCGAGUGUAAAUAAGCCUUCGAGCCAUCGGGAGAUGGCGUCAACGUACAGGUAUAACGCGCAUAGAACAGAUGGGGGCGUUUUGUCAUUUCAGCACCUCGCACCUGAUCAUGGUCAAAAUCUGGUUGCAUAAAAAGUGCAUAAAUUGUUAUGGAAACCAUGGACAGUACACCCCGAUGAAGAGUGCUGCUGUUCACAGAUUAUCAGGGAUAUGGUUAGGAUAUUGCAGAGUGAGGUGGCCGGUUGGCUCGGGUCAAAGCACCGAGCUGGCACUGCUGAGAACCUGGGUUCAAAUCCAGUCUGUGGCCUGUGAUUAAAUCGGGUUCUCGUGUGGUGAAUUGUCUUUGGUCACCAAAUGGCUGCAUGCAAAAAAAAUCCACAACAUUUGGUUCAGCACUUAAUUUGGCUAAAUUCCAGCUCCUUGGUUUGACUUGUCUUGCCAUGAACAUUGUCCUUGUUGGCAGGAUGGUUGGGAAAGUGGUUCCCUUUAAUGGUGAGAAUUCAGAGGUCGCCUAGAGGCAUCUCAGGAUGUAGUUCUGUGAUAUCCGCUUCCCCAAGCCGUUCUCGAGCAUAGGUUCCGAAUGGCUCAACUCAUGAUAUCCGUUUGUAUUCAUCUCGUGACAUGCCACACCGAUAGUGCAGCCAUAGCAUUUCGGAAGAAAAAAACUGAAGAUUGUAAGCAUGCACUCUUAUGUGCUGAGACUAUCAGUGUCACUAGGCGCACAUACAUUGAACAUUUUAUAGCCUACACGAGAAACUGUAUUUGUCGUACGUACUUUUGCUUAUAAUUGCAUUUCUGCUUAUUGUACCGUGUUUUUUUCAUAAAUAAAAUAUACACUUGAAUAUG